CUCCCUUUUAUCGCUAUCAUCUUCCUCAACAUCAGCUGACGCAUAAUUGCAUUAUCAGCUCAUAUUCACUUGUUGCAUCCCAACAAGCACGUGACCAACUACUACCACGUGCAGUUCUAUUCUAGUCUGUUGCUAACGAGGAUCGUCUUCCCACGUGUCAAUGCGUGAUCCAAUAAUUUAGGGACCAAUGACUGAGGGAUGUCUUGCACGCUAGUCUGUAUUCUCAUUGGAUGAGCAAUUUAUUAAUUAUCAGAGGCACGUACGCAAAGGGCGGUGCUGAAAACAACAAGACCCUCCCCUAAGGUUGCUGCUAUGAGCAGUCACUCAGGAUCAACCUUGAAUUCCGAGAGGAGACACUCUGUAUCAGGCAAAGAAGUGCGAUGCAUUGGCCGGUACUUACUGACGGGAAAAACACUGGGUAAAGGAAACUUUGCUCGAGUUGAGUUAGCCACCCACACAAUAACACAUGCCAAGGUUGCAAUUAAACUUAUUGAGAUUGAAAAGAUCAGGGAAGACUACGUGAGACGAAAUUUAUUACGAGAAGCACAAAUCAUGAGGAGAAUCCGUCAUCCAAACAUUAUUCGUCUUUAUGAGACCAUGAAGACAAAUACACUGUACUGCCUGGUUACAGAAGUUGCAGAAGGUGGAGAGUUACUAGCACAUGUUCGAAAUGACUAUGCAGAAAAGCGACUUAGUGAACCACAAGCUCGUCCCUUUGUAAGACAACUCGUAUCAGCAAUUCACCAUUUGCACAGUGAAGGAAUUGUCCACAGAGAUCUGAAGAUGGAAAAUAUUUUGUUAGACAAACGAAAAAGAAACAUCAAAAUUGUUGACUUUGGUUUGAGCAAUCAACAUCAGCCAGGAGAACUACUGGCAACUCAUUGUGGAUCACCAGAAUAUGCAGCACCUGAGCUCUUUAUUCCAGGUCAAAACUAUGGACCAGAAGUUGACGUGUGGAGUCUUGGAGUCAACAUGUUUGCAAUGCUCUGUGGAAAACUACCAUUUCGUGGUCCUCGUGAACGACACAACAAAAGACAGAAACUACUUGAACAAAUAGCAGCUGGAAUCAGUGACUCACAGGAAUUGGAAAUGUCACUCCUCAGUCCAGCUUGUGUUGAUCUCAUCAGGCACCUAUUGCAAGUAAAGCCGAGUCAACGCAUCACUCUGUUGGAAGUCAUGGAUCAUCCUUGGAUUACAAAACACGGUCUUUAUCUUCUGCAUCCAUACAAGCCACUACCACAAGACCAAGAAGCACAUAAGAAGAUUAUUCAAUUAAUAUCCACUCAAUUAGAUCUGACAAAGCAUGAAAUUGAAAAUGCCGUCUCAACAAACAAGUGUGACUGGAUUGCAGCCAUCUUUCACCUGUUGAUUGACCAGCCUGAAGGACGAACAUACAUGAGUCAAAUAGCAGUUGAAACUUCCUAUGACCGAUCACGAACCAGCCUCGGUCUGAGUCCUGAAUUAGCACUAAUAGAGACUAGUAUAGCGAGAUCAGAAAACGUUGAGAAAGACAAUAAGACAGCUAGUGAACAAAAGGCAAUGACAGCACACUACAAUCAAAGAAGAAAUCCUAAUGCCACCUGUCCAGUUGCAACUUCAACACACAGAGACUCGCGUGGGACAAGCUUGCCACCACCAUCAACCGCUGCAGUCAACUUCGUUGCAAAUUCAAAAUUUAAACCUCGUCGGCACUUGUCAACAUCAGAAGGCAACAGGCGACUGCCUCCAACACCAAACAGCGUCUUAGCAGCAAGACAUCAGUCUGGCCUUCGCAGAUCUCUCAAACACUAUGCAACAUCGCCAAAUACAAUACACACUCAGCCAACAAUGCUUCAGAAAGAUUCCCGAAUUCUGCACACCGAAUGUACUCAUAAAGGAAUGAUUGCCGAGAACAGGAUGAAUGCAGAACAUCUAGCAGUAUAUGAUAGAGCAGCCAACAGAGGAAGUCCACUAAAGUUUAAUCGAGGAAGAAAUGAGACACUUGCGCUGAGUGGAGAGCCUCCAUCAAAGCGCUAUAGUUGGGCUAAUUCAGCAGACUAUGCCUACACAGUUCCUACAAGAAAACAAUGGAGCAGAGAGUCACUAAAUACAACAGCAGUCAGAGCUAACUUGUUUCAAACUCCAGGAAAAGCACCGGCAGACAUUGCAUCUCUCAUGGCACUUCCCUCUCCAGGUGUGAUCUCUCUAAGAGAUGAUGGCAUCACUACAAGCAGCAGUUCUAAUGGCAGUACACCAAAGAGUCCCACCAAUAGUUUUCAAAGCAAUGUACUUCAUUCACCAGAUGAUCCAAUGAAGAUACUACAAAUUAUGGCAGCACACAGACGUCCACAAACUGUAGCAACAGCUCAGCGAGAAGUCACAAUGAUGCAACCAGAUAGACACAAGCAACUGCCUAGCAUUGAAACUGUGCCACUAAAUCAGAUUGUUCAUCUACCGGUAUCACACGCUUCUCCGUCCAAGAAAACAAUCAGUGGAAUAUUGGGUAGAGCGUUUCGAUUCAAGCACGGCAAGAAAGGAGGCAAGCAGUAAGCAGCAUUGGAAAACUUGUAUUACGCAUGCGCGUGGAGUUGUAAAGCAGACUAUUUUUAGCAUGUUUCACAUUAUUUUAUUAUUUGCAUAAAAACCAUUUAACGUACAAAUUAUGUCACACGAGUUACUUUGUCAACUUGAACUAAUAAAUGACUACAGCGCUGGAAGAAAAACAAAUUUGUUAGUGAAUUUAAUUUAAUUCAAGCAAUUUUAUUAGUUGGAGAAUGGCAAACAUACUCUUACUUGUCAAUGUAGUUGUGUGUGUGUGUGUGUGUGUGUGUGUGUGUGUGUGUGUGUGUGCGUGCUGGCAUGCAUGGGUGCAUGUGGUGCCGCUAGGCAAGUUACUGUAAUAAAAGGAGAGACUGUUAAGACUACAAUCGAGUGGUUUAGUGUUCCUCGUAUCAGAAGCACAUUGUGUGCAUUUAUACAAUCCUUGUGUGUUAGGCAGCACCUGAUAUAGUAACUCACAUAUGCAUACUCAACCACAGCUCAUUGAUUUUUUAAUUGCAUUUGUCUGGCCACCUUCAUUAACACCAUUGUCACCAGCACCAAGGAACUGCACAAAUCAACACAAUCA